GACUUUUCCCGGCGCAUCUCUCCGCCCACCCCUCGCUUUCAAUCCCCGCCCUCGACGCCUUUCAACUCCACCUGACGCCUUUGAACGCCACCCCGACAUUCGCUCGUAUAGAACGCACCUCGGACGAAGGAAGCCGAAUGAUAGGUUCGAACGACGACGACGGCGACGACACCGCGGCGAGCGCGGGCGAGAGCGGCGCGUCGGACCCCGCGGUCGUCCUCGCGGUCCUGCGCGCGGCGUCGUCGUUCCUCGCGGAGUUGCCGGACGCGCACGAGCGGAGGGUGAACGCGUUGCUCCCCGCGCUUCUGCGCGGCGGCGGAAAAGGAAAAGGAAAAGGAUUCGGAGACGACGACGACGAUGGCGCGACUGUUACGACGGAAGCGACGCGGUCGCUGUCCGUGCGUUUCCUACUCCCGUACCUGCUUCAAGCGACGGAGACGCCCGCGGGGUUGGACGCGUUCGCCGCCGCGGACGGCGCGAACGCGAUCGCUUUCCUCGUCGAACGCGCGUGCGCCGACGACGACGACGCCGACGCCGUCGGCGUCCUGAGCGCGUGCGUGGCGACGUUUAGGAACGUCAUGGAGGGCGCGGCGACCGGGCAAAUCGGCGAGGACGUCGCGGAAGACGUCGCGGUCGCCUUCGGCGGCGUGCGCGCGCGCCUGAGCGCGUGGGCGAAGAAGCGCGCGGCGGCGGCGACGACGACGACGAAGCCGAAGCGCGCGACGGAGGAGGAGGAGGAGGAGGACGAUUUCGUUCGCGCGGCGUCGGCGCUCGACGACGGCGUCGCCGGCGCGGUCGCGGUCGGCACCGGCAGCGGGUGGCGCGAGACGCACGAUCUGCUCGAGCGGUUGGUGCCGAGCUCGGAGAUGGCCGACGUCAGCGCGCUCGUCGCGGGCGGAGUGAAGAAGAUCCAGACCGACGGCGACGGCGACGGCGGCGGCGGCGGCGGCGAUUCGGAGGACUGGCCGUCGGACGAGGAAGUGUACGACGGCAUCAGCGACGCGACGAGGGAGUACAUCGCGCUCAGGGAGGAGCUCAACGCGAAAUAA